AUGACAAAUUUUUUUGAAAAGUUCUUUACGUUUAAUUUCGGUACGAAAAAUACCAAUAAUCAGCAAAAUAAACAAAAUGCAGGAAAUAAUGAGUUAUAUGAACAAGAUUUCGUCACAAGGAUCAAUUCUACACAAGAAUAUCUGGACCUUAACACACCUUCAACUGGAAGUGGAACAUCAGUUUCCACGCAUAAUAAAGAUCAUACAAACGAACAAAAAAAGCAAAUAAAUCAGAAUAGAAAUAAUACGAAGUCAAAGGAACAAUUAUCUCAUGAAAUCAAAGUAAAAGAUAACGAAAUAUUAAGUUUUCGUACAACUCUAAAAGUAAAAGAUAGCGAAAUAUCAAGGCUUCGUGAUGAAAAUGAUAAUGAAAUAUCAAAGCUUCGUGAAGAAAAAGAUAAUGAAAUAUUAAGACUUCAUAAAGUGAUUGAAGAUUUGAAAAAUGAGGCAUCAAGACAUCAAUCUGCCUUGGGAAGAGCAACCAAUUUUCGAUUGAGUGAUGACGAUCGUAAUAAUUCAGUUCAGCUUAGAGAUGAUAUUACAUCUCUGCAACAAACUCUAAAAGAUUUCUGCAUAGUUAAACCUAGUGUAGAUAUUAAUAAGACAGAAGCAAUGAAUAUUUUACAAAAAUACGAAUGUUCUGAAUUCACGGAUGAAGAAAACUUUAAGUCGCUUCUCAAAGCUGCACUUCAACGAUUUGUUCUUGAAACAAUCUUAGAUUCAACUCGUAAAUAUUUUAAGGAUGAAAAUACAAAAGGGGAAUUACUCGAAACUUGUAUUGUAUUUGAAACAGAGAAUUUACUAGUUAAAAUGAAAGAUUUUGCUAAAUUCCGGGAAGGAGAUGAUGAUGUAACCAGAGCAUUACCCAUCAAACUCCGCCAGCAAAUCUACGCAGUUCUUGGAAACCGCGGAUUUUCCAAAGUUAUAUCGGAAGAUAAAAUUGUAGAACACCCGUUCAUUAAUGAUACACAACGACAACUGAUUGAAAAGAUGAACAGUGUUCGAAUAAUAAAUGAUCCUAACAAACUAACCAAAUUAAAUAGUAUGGCAGCAAAUAUUAUUCGUGAUGUUGUUAGAAUUUUCUUUUUCCGACUAAAAGUUCAAGAACCUGAAGCUGAUCCGCCUCGCUGGUUUAAACACAAUGAUCAAGUGGAUCCAGAAUUAAUGCAAGGAACAUUUGAGCAUGAUUGUCAAGAUGUGGUACAGAUUUGUUCAUUCCCGUUAAUAGGUAUUAAUUUGGAUGAUGAAAAAAAGCGAAAAAUACUUAUCCCUGCUAUGGGUUUCGCUUUUAUUCAUACUCAUGAAAAUGAACAACUUUGUACUAAUGAGACAUGGCCAGGAGAAAUAGGUCGUCUCAAGACUAAUACUGUAUUACAAUAUGACGAUCAAUCUAAUAAUAUUGAAUCUUGGGGCUUUCCUGCGCUUGCAAAGCGACCUAAGCGAAGGAAGGGUUCUCAAUAUGAGUUCAAACCUGUAGAAUUAUUUAAACUCCAUCUGGGUAAUCUGUUUGAAGAUAUGAAACCUAAACUUCCUGUGGACUAUAAAAAAGCAAUCACUGAUUAUCUUCGAGAAAUAGGAAAGUUGAUAAAAGAUACAAUUACAACUUCUUGGCCAAGCAUUGAAUUUCAUAAGAAUGUAUUGCUUAUUAUGACAAUUCCUGCUGAAUACUCUCAUCGAUCACGCAAUAUAAUGCGUGAAUGUGUAUUCAAUGCUGGUUUAACCGGUGAAAUUGAUUCAGAAAAACUACAAUUCACCACAGAACCCGAAGCUGCUGCUAUUUACUGUAUGAAACAUUGUCUUAAAGAAUCUGCUUUUGUUGCCAAUGCAGAUAAUAGAAUCGAUCAUACAAUCUUUUGUAUUGUAGAUGCAGGUGGUGGAACUGUAGAUCUUACAACUCGUAGGUUAUAUAAUAAUAACCAAUUGGGUGAAGUUACUGAGCGUGCUGGAGAUUUUUGUGGAAGUGCUUGGAUAGAUCGUGAAUUCAUCAAUUUUCUUAAAAGAAGACUUGGUGAAUUUCCAUUAAAUAUGAUUGAAACGAGUCAUUAUGGUCAAAUGCAAUAUAUGGUUCAAGAAUUUUGUAAAAAUGUCAAGUUUCCAUUUGAUGGUAAAGAUCCUAACUUUUCAUAUGACUUAGAUCUUGGAGAGGUUUGUCCUGUGAUCAAACAAUAUGUAACGGGUGAUGCGAAAAAUAUGCUAGAGGAAAAUGAUUGGAUAAUUGAAUUAGAUUAUAUGAUUGUCAAGAAUAUGUUUGAUCCUGUUGUUAAUAGGAUUAUCAAUAUGAUAAAAGUACAAUUAGAUAAUUCUAAUGAUAAAUGUUCCAUGUUAUUUUUGGUUGGAGGAUUCAGUCAAUCUAAAUAUUUACAAUCAAGAAUUAAAGAAGAAUGUCAAAAGCGGGUUAAUUCUAUUUCAGUUCCUGUUCAGCCGAUUGCUAGCAUAUGUCGUGGGGCUGUAUAUUAUGGUCUCAGUAUGAAAAAUACUGCUAACGGUGUAGCUUUGAAUUGGGAUAAAUUUGUCGUCAAAACUAGAGUACUUAAAUACACGUAUGGAAUCAAAAAAUCCAUGAAGUGGAAGGAAGGUGAUCCAAAAAACAGAAAAAGCUAUGAUGGAUAUAUUGAUAAAUUUCAUCCAUUAGCAUCGAAGGGGAACGAAGUAUCUGUAGAUCAAGAGUUUACUUUUAGUUGUUUGCCUUUAAAAAAAGAUCAAGUAGCUAUAACUUUUGAAAUAUUUUGUACUCAAGAAUCUGAAUUCAAAUAUUGUGACGAGCUUGGUAUGAAACUUCUUGGAAAACUUCGAAUUGAUCUUCCAGACGUCCAUCUUGGUCUUAAAAGAUCUAUCCUUUUUGGACUUUGUUUUGGAAAAAUGGAAAUUACUGCCUUCGCAAAAAACAAAACUAAUGGCCAAUAUUAUCAAACUACCUUUGAAUUAGAAAAAGAUAAAUAA